AUGGCAGACACAGAAGUGGCCGAUGCGCCCCAAACCACAAUUCCCAGCCGAUCCCCCUCCGGCACAGAACCAACCCCCAACGACGAAAAUGCCCUCACAACACAACCAACCGAAACCGCCAUGACAACCACCACCGAAGCAGACGGCACCCAGAAGAAAAAGAAGAUAAUUCGCCGAAAGCGCCGCCCAGCACGCCCCCAAGUCGACCCAGCAACCAUCAAAUCUGAACCACCACCGCAAACCGGAACGGUCUUCAACAUCUGGUACAACAAAUGGUCCGGCGGUGACCGCGAGGACAAGUAUCUCUCGAAACAGGCCGCGACGUCGCGGUGCAAUGUGGCCAAGGAUAGCGGAUAUACGCGCGCGGAUAAAGUCCCCGGGUCGUAUUUCUGUUUAUUCUUCGCGAGGGGUCUUUGCCCGAAGGGGCAUGAGUGCGAGUAUUUGCAUAGACUGCCGACGCUGCAUGAUUUGUUUAAUCCGAAUGUGGAUUGUUUCGGGCGCGACAAGUUUAGUGAUUACCGUGAUGAUAUGGGUGGUGUGGGGUCGUUUACGAGACAGAAUCGCACGCUGUAUGUUGGACGGAUUCACGUUACGGAUGAUAUUGAGGAGGUUGUUGCGCGUCAUUUCGCGGAAUGGGGACAGGUUGAGCGGACGCGGGUUUUGACGAAUCGGGGUGUUGCAUUUGUUACGUAUACGAAUGAGGCGAAUGGGCAAUUUGCCAAGGAGGCUAUGGCGCAUCAGAGUCUGGAUCAUAGUGAGAUUCUGAAUGUGCGGUGGGCGACGGUUGAUCCGAAUCCGUUGGCGCAGAAGCGUGAGGCGCGGAGGUUGGAGGAGCAGGCUGCUGAGGCGGUUAGGAGGGCUCUUCCUGCUGAGUUCGUUGCGGAGAUUGAGGGACGGGACCCUGAGGCGAGGAAGAGGAAGAAGAUUGAGGGUAGUUUUGGGCUGGAUGGCUACGAGCCGCCGGAUGAGGUCUGGUACACGAGGACGAAGGAGCUGGAGGAUGCUGGGACCGCACCCCAAUUGGAGGCGCCGGAGCAGCCUCUCAUGAUUGAAUCUGCACCUCCCGCUACUGCUCCUUUCCAACAACAACAGCAACAGAGCGGCGGGAUCUUCUCCAGCUCCACGGUAGCAGCCCUACAAGGACUGGCAGGUGGAAAUGUCACAACACAAAAGGCUGCCCCGUCUUCGGGGCCCCUGGUAGCAUACGGAAGCGAUGAUGAGAGCGAUUAA